UGUGCCUCACAUCAGUCUUAGACGUUGCUUCACUCGGACCCGUCGUAAAUCUCACUAUCGUCCAAUUCAUUCAGCUAAAUCAAUUGCGCGUGACUCGCUGAAAAAAGGUGAUCUUAAGUACGAUGGGAAGUAAUUAUGGCGAUCUAAGGGUGGCUCUUAUACGUCAUUUGGGCACCCUUCACUCCGACGAUUACCCUUGGUCCCUCGGGAAGUCUGGUUUUGGAGGUAGGGGCGUUUUUGCCACACGUGAUAUCCAAACUGAUGAGGUCAUUUUUGAGGAUCGUCCCAUCAUCGUGGGCCCACGUGCCGGUCGCGACGAAAAUGUCACGUGUGUCGUGUGUCAUGAUCAUGUGGAUCGGAGUGAAGUGUGCCCAAAAGGUUGUGGUCUUCCUGUGUGCAUCACAAAUGCUACUUGUGCCUCUAAUGAAAGUCACAAUCCUGAGUGUGAAUUAUUGAGAUCGUGGGAACCACUAAAGACAAAAGUCGUGUCUGAUAACAUCUUGAGAGCCCUCACGUCGGUGCGUAGUCUCCUACUACCACCUGAACCGCUUGCUCUUCUCAACAGCCUUCAGGCCAACCAUUGUCACCAGACAGAGACAGAAAUUAACCGAGCCGUGGCAGAAUUUGGUAAAUUUCCGCACAAUCAACCGGAAGUUCUGAAACAGCUUUUCAAUACAUCAGCUGUACUGAACACUAAUGCCUUCGAGACUAAAUUAGUGUCUGAGUAUGAGGACAGGAAGAGCCUCAGAGGUUCGGGUAGAGGGCUCUAUCCUUUGGCCUGCAUGAUGAAUCAUCAGUGUAUCCCCAACGUAAGGUACUGUUUUGAUGCAAACCACGUUAUGCGUGUUCAGGCUACCAAGCAAAUCAUGUGUGGCGAAGAGAUCUUUACAUCGUACAUCCAAAUCUUCUGGGGUACUUACUCCCGCAGAGUUCACUUGAUGGCCACGAAGGACUUCAUGUGCAACUGCUCGCGCUGCAUUGACCCAACAGAGGGUGGUACUUACUUGUCAGCAUUGCGGUGCCCGAAAGAUCCCUGUCAAGGCCGUCUUCUGCCAUUGAAACCAUUAGAACUUGGAUCUCCAUGGGCCUGUGACAUCUGUAGCACACAAUUGGACUGCAAAAAGGUGUCUCGAGUGCAAGAUGUUCUCUCAGCCCUUAUUAUUACGAAACUCCGUAAGGGCAAUCCCAGGCUUGUAUUGGACUUUCUCAAGACAUGUAUCAAUAACAUCAUGCCAGGGACCAACCAGUUUAUAGUCGAACUGAAAUUGUUCAUCAUCUGGAAUGUGGGAAACGAUGAAAAAUAUGAUUAUACAUUGGAGGACUUCCAGGUCAAAGAGAAGUUUUGCCUGGAGCUGAUGGGAUUGCUUGAGCAAAUGGGCGCUGGCGAGUGUACAAUAAAAGCUCUCAUCUACUUUGAGCUUUACAAGUGUCGUGAACAAUUAGUCAAAUUGCAGCGUCAGGAGGAUGAGGACCAGGAAAUAAACUAUCGAGUUUUGAAUCGCAAGCUCCUCGAUAGAAGUUGGUCAAUGUUGAAAUGGAGUGUGGGUUCACCACCGGAACUUCGCCAACUCAUGCAACAAAUCGAUGGUGCCCAAGAAUACCGGGAAAACAAGGAGAAAUCGAUAUUCAAUGGGAAUCAUCAUUGAAUUCAAUUCAACUACUUUACCUGCAAACUCCUUGGGCAACCUUUCCCUCUUUUGUCGCCAGGAAGACCAACUUUUGCUUAUUUGAAACUUUGGAACACAAACUCAGUCGAAAAUAGCAUUUUGACACGAGUCUUCUUGAUAGUAUUAGUAAAAACUUAAUUAGAUUUGACAUUAUCUAAUAGUUUAUUAUAUACAAUUUUUACAUUCAAUCGAAGUAAGAUGUACAAUUACAUGUCGAAUUUUCUUCUUUUAUGUGUAAUGGACGUGAAACAGUACAAAAUUGUUGAUAGAUCUGUCUUGUUAAAUUGUAGUCUAGAUUUCCUAUAGUUACUAAAUAUUCCGUGUUAAAUAUUUGAAAAAUUUAUUAAAAAAAAAACAAUACGUUAAGAGAUAUGUAUUUAUUUUUACGCCUGUUCUUUGUUGCACUGAAAAUUAUUAUCAAGAAUAAAUUGACGUAUAAUCCUA